AACAGAAUUACUGAUUACUAACCGAAACAUGUAAACAAUUCAAUAACAAUAUACUUAUUAGAAUAUUAAAGCGUGUCGAAAAUUGCGUUAUUGCGUUGUUCUCUAAUUGGCAGUCUUCUUCCAGUACGUUUUCUAGCCGACUAGUGUAUUCUCUAGCUUUUAUUAUGUGGGUCGAACUAGUUUUGAACGGCGUUUCGACCAUCAGUUAAAUCGUUGCGUAGGUGUCGAAAGUAAUUGGUCGUUGUCCGCCUACGGUGUAACAUCAUCAAUAUAUUACAUUAUUUAUUCACGUUCAUACAAUCAUAUCGUCUGGCCAUUGGAUCACAGUCGUCGCCAUGUCUGUCACCAUUCAGCAGAUACUGUCGGACGCAAAACGUUUAGCUUCCAAACUCAAAGAAGACGAUACGCAUGCGGACACAUUGCUUUCGCAAACGCAGUUUGUCUACAAGAAGAUCGACGCUAUGAAACAGUAUGCCGACGAUCUAUCGGAACUUAACGACAUGGAGGAAGGUGGCAUACCGCACGAAGAUCUGGUCAACUCGAUACGUACGGAAAGUCGGCAGCUCCAAGAGAUCGUGCGCGAAAACCAAAUACUCAGGGCCAUGGUCGCCGAACACCAGACUGCGCUCGAGAUGAUUAUGAGCAAAUAUCGGACACAAGUUUCCCAACUGCUGACGCAAACCAAAGAAGACAGACUGAUGUCCGAUCUGACGGCCAAAACUAUAGAAGAAAAAAACGAGCUGAUCGUACACCAAGAAGAGCGUAUCAAGGAGAUGAUGGCCGUAAUGAGUCUCGCUUGUCGUCUAGAAGCCGAAGAGGCUACUAAAAAAGAAGAGACUAUUGGUCGACUACAAACCGAAAACCAAACAUUGAGAAAACUUCUAAAAAUAUCCAGUGAUCUGAGUCCGACAGAAAAACCAUAAAAAAUAGCAGUCAUACAUUCUUAAAAUAUUUUAUUAUAAAUUUUUAAUAUAAUCAAAAUAUUAUUAAAUUCAAAUAGAAUAUAAGAUUCCAUAGGCUGUAUUUUGUUUUUUUUAAACAAGCUGUGUGCUUAAAACAAAUUUAGAAGUAACAAAACGUCAAACACAAUAAUUCGGACUUGCCGUAUAAUAUAUUCGUAAAAUUAUUAUAUAAUUAGAGAAAAAAAAAGAACAAACAUUUAUUUUACAAAAUAUAAUAAAAUUAGGAACCGUCGUCUA